AUGCAAAUCUCUUUCUCUGCUGUUCUCUCCAUCUUGUCCGCUUCUGCCUGUCUCUUGACCGCUCAAGCUGCUCCUGUUGCCUCCAAUCUUCAAGCUCGUAGUUCUCAAUCUGGUGAUGCCACUUACUACGCUGUUGGUUUAGGCUCUUGUGGUGAAACUAGCUCUGAUGAUGAAAUGGUUGCUGCUUUGUCUAGUUCCUUGAUGGGUGGAUCCAACAGUGAUCUGUGUGGCAAGUCUAUCACUGUAAAGUCUGCUUCCGGCUCUGUUACUCUCAAGGUAGUUGAUUCUUGCCCUGGUUGCUCAGAAGGUGAUGUCGAUAUGAGUGAAGCUGCUUUCAAGAAGCUCGGUCAACUCGAUGAAGGCCGUAUCCCCAUCACUUGGUCUCUCUAA